AUAUUUCCAAGACAACCUGAAGUGUAUUUCCAACCGGUCUAUCUUAAGUGCGGGGAAACCCCAUUCACAGUACGCCACGGAUGACUUAUCAAUUGAGCUUCGCUCUGACGAGGGAUUAAAUUCAUCUUUUCUGCUGCCAUGUAAUUCAGUUCCGAAGACGACUAGCGUCGUGAGCAGAUGUAACUAUGAUUCCCAGGCGUUGGUUUUGCAAAUUGAUAUGGAUCGUUGGGUUCAUCAGCUCGGCUCGUGCACAUUCACCCUGCGUAACCAUUGAUGGAUUGGAUGGGAAAUGCGUUCCGGUGGAUAGCUGCCAAUGGAUCCUGUCAAAGGCUUCCGUCGUGAGUGGCAUCUAUGAGCGAAGUGAAUGUGGCACUGCUUCCGAUUUUACGCCCUUGGUAUGUUGUCCCAGGUGGCGGAAUGCAGAAAACUGUGGUCAGGGCGUAACCGACUCGUUUCCGUGGGUUGUCAGCAUAGUUUACCGUGUGAAAUGGAAGAUUUUUUCACAGAGGUGUACAGGAUCUUUGAUUAAUAGCCAAUACGCACUGACAGUAGCGCACUGCAUUGCAGACUUUUCAUUCUAUUGGAAACCUUACAGCGUUCGAGUGAAUAGAGAUACCACCUACAAGGACUACGCAAUACUCCGCAGCAUAGUUCACCCAAGCUACAACCGAUUCAACCUCAACAAAGAUCACGAUGUGUCCCUUCUGAAGCUGGUUGAUAAAGUCGUUUUCGACGAUUAUGUUCAACCCAUUUGCUUGACGCGAGAAAGAGAUCAGCACAGUACACUGUAUGAGGGCCAAAUGUUAACCAUUUUUUCAAGGGGUCCAACAGAAGCAGGUCAAAUAUCCAGCCAAAAACAUCCAAUUGCCAUCCCAUUGCGAAAUGCAUCAAUUUGCAAGAAAAUCUAUAAAGAAAUUCGAAUUGAACUGUCUCGAUCGCAGCUGUGCGUAGGUGGUGAACCCGGAAGGGAUUCCUGCCGUGGGGAUUCCGGCGGUCCACUGAUGCUACAGGCAAUAGAUUCUAUGACCCCUCGCUGGUAUCAAGUUGGCCUUGUGAGCUUGGGCCCGGAAAAGUGCGGCGGAACGAUUCCCGGCAUCUACGUCAAACUGCUCGACUAUCUCGAAUGGAUCGAAGCAACCGUGGAUGAAGUUGCCUAGGCAACGGCGUUGCUUCGAGACACCGGUUCAUCUGAGGAUACUUUUAAUAACAGCGAUUCACUAUAAGUAAAUAAGAAAGUGUUAAAUACAGUUCCAUACCAAGUGAAAACAUGUGCAAAUGGUUCAAAGAACGGACAUUUUUUUCUAAUAGCAGAGAAGGAUGGCUCGUUCUGUUCUAGAUCGUCAAAGCGAAUCUUGCGAAGGAAAGCAUCGCGAAACAGACAAAGCCUGCCUCAAUCCUGCUUGAAUAUUCAUGAGAAAGAUGACAAACAAGGAAUAAUGUCGAUAAUGUGAAUGUCCUCUUGGAUUGGAACGUGUAAAAGCAUGAUGUUGGAUCGUUGCGACCGCGAGGAGAAGACUCAAAGAAAAUUGGAAAUUAUGGAAUCGUACGAUGAAUGAAGUGCAAAGUGAAUGAACUAUGGCAGUGUACUUAAAUGCUAGAUACCUACUCAAUUAAAACAACAAAGUGGUAACUGGAUAAUAAACUGGUUCAUGUGUAAGUUUAACUUGAUUACAUGGAGAUCAU